AUGCUGUUUCUAGAAGAGCGCAACACCGACCAACACACGAGCAUCAUCUUCCUCCAUGGUGGGGCAGGCAGUCACGUGGAAUGGAAAGUCGUCGCCAAGCAAGAGUCUCUGGCUUCUUACCACCUUAUCUUGGUAGAUUUGCCAGGACAUUCAGGCUCUGAGGAACUGAAGUCGUAUACUUUGGAGGCCGCGGCGGACGAAACGGAAAAGAUGAUUCGAGAGCAUGCACGCGGCGGAAAAGCACACGUGGUCGGCUUUUCCUUCGGCGGGUUCGUGGCCUUGAAACUUGCGCCGAGACAUCCCGAUGGCGUCCUCUCCCUGUUUUCCACCGGCGCGUAUCCGUACACGGGGAUGUUCAAGUGGGCAAUGUCACGACCGAGGCUCGUUUGGUUUCUCGAGAACAUCGAGAUCCCCGGACUCACGGCGAUGAUGUUUCGCAAGCAAGGCAUCGACAACGAGGAGUGGAUUGCGGAAACGGAGAAGAACGCUUCAUGGGAUAGAUUCAAGGUCAUGGUUCAGGAGCUCAGCAAUUUCUGCAUGGACGACGUGCGCGCUGUGGCCGAGUCUGGGGUGAGAACACUUGUCAUCGCCGGGGGCAAGAUGGACCAGGUAGACGCAAUUGCUGGAAUGGGGCUGGUGCUGAAGGAGUCGGCCAAGACUGGUGUCGAGAACAAGGCCGUUGUCGUCCGUGAGGGCUAUCACCCGUGGCACAUACAACUCCCUGUCUUAUUCGCCGCCGGUGUUCAGGCCUGGGUCAGUGGCUCGGAGUUGCCCAAAGAUUUUGAGCAACUGUGA